AUGCCUAAACUGGAGGUGUGUCUUUUCCAGACUCCUCUUUCCAGGUUGGUUCCAACUCUCAAUGGACACGAGAAUUCCUUUUCUCUACUGAUUCAUGUACCAUGUAGGCCUGUUCCUACCACUUUCUCUCCUAAUAUGCCUGGUGUCUGUUCUUGCCUUGCAAGCAUAGCAGAUUUUUGUGUGUGUGUGAAAAUAGCAAAAUUCCUGCCUCAGGAAAAAGUGAGAACUUCCCUGGGGGCAGUUCUCAUUUGGCUGCUCAAGUGGCUCUGUGCUGCAUUGGAGCAGAGAGAGAAGCCUGCUGGGGGCUUGGCAGAAGAUGUAAGGGAAACCGGGGACUGA